AUGGGCGCAAACCAAUCUCAUACAGAAAGCGAUGAUUCUGAUUCUUCUGGUUCCUCUGAUUCUUCGAUGGAGAAAACAUCAUAUCUUGAAGAUUAUCCCAACCCUCUUGGUCAUUUCAAAUCAGUUCACGUCAUCAAAGAUGUCGACAGAAUUAUAGCUACGCACACUGAAUCGACGCAUCGCUCUAAACGGUUUCGGAAAAUGAAUAUUGCAUUUUCACACCAAAUUAGUGUUCUCAAUCCAGAUGCAUUUCUCUAUGUAUUUGUUGCUUGUAAAGUGAAUAACUCGUUUUGGAAAGUCAGAGCAAAUGUCACCGUCAAAGUACGAAAUUUCAACGAUCAGAGAGAUUCAAUAAUACAUUAUUGUGGAGUACUUGAUUUCUCCAGUUACAAUUCUGCUACGCAAGCUCUUCAACGGCGUACCAGUAUCAGUUUGAUUGAUUUCAUCUAUGAAGAUUCUAAAUUUGUGAGAAAUAAUGAAAUGAUAGUUGAAGUGGAUGUUCGAGUUGUGGAAGUGGAGGGAUUCUAUCAGCCAUUGGUCAUUAAUUAUCGAUUAGCACCGAUACACUCGAAGAAUUGGUUUCGUAUCUUUCAUCCCAACGUAAUUUUCUAUUGUAAUAAAGCUAUCUUAAAAGCUUUUGUCAAAUCUGGAAGUCACCGUAUGAAUUUUAAGCAACCGUCAAGUGGAUCAUUCGAGGAGUUAUUGGAUUCAGUGUAUGGUUUUCCUAUUCCAAUAUCCAAUCCUAAUAGUGUUCGAAACCUACUUAAAUAUGCGAUAGCCUCAAAUAUGAGUGAUGUAAUUCAAAGAGUGGGAACAACAAUUAUCCACAGAUCAAAGAUUAAUCAUUCUUGUCGGAAGAUUGCGGUUAGAUUUAAUUUAAGACGAGUUAUGCACGCUUGGCUGAACAAAAAGAAGUCGAUCAAGAAAAAAGAUGUGGAAGAUUUGGAUGUUGAGAAGAUGUCAGGAGAAGUUAUGAAGGCAAUUGUGAAGAGAGUUCUUGAGGUUGGAUGGAAAAUGGAAGAUGAAUCUGAAGAAGAAAAACUUAUGAUGUCUGAACUUUUUCUUUGGGGCUCUUAUAAAAAAUGA